AUGGCUGAUGCCCUGGACAGUACCCCAGCCAAACCAGCACUCAAUGGGGAUUCCGUCUACCAUAAUGGUGUCAACGGACAUCAAAACGGGAAUUUGAACUCAGAGUCUAUUGACAUACCAUUACGACAAGCCAAUGCUUGGACUCCGAGAAAGAAGCUUCGAAUUCUCAGCGUCGGGGCCGGAUUUUCCGGGCUACUUUUUGCCCAUAAAUUGCAGCACCAAUAUCCCGAGAUGCAAGACCUAGUAUCUCACACGAUAUACGAGGCGAGAGACAAGAUAGGAGGAACUUGGUAUGUAAACACCUAUCCUGGUGUUCAAUGCGAUGUACCAUCUCAUAUCUAUGCAUUCCCCUUUGAUCCCAACCCUAACUGGAGCCAUUUCUAUUCAACGGGCAAGGAGAUCCACGAAUAUAUCCUCAGUACUACCAAGAAAUGGAAUCUAGAUCGAGAUGUCAAGCUCAACCAUAGAGUCCUCGAAGCACUAUGGCAGGAGGACAUUGGACAGUGGAAAUGCACCAUACAGCAUGGCGACCGUCAAUGGGUGGAACACACCGAUGUAUUGAUAUCGGGACAGGGUAUUCUAAACAAAUGGCAGUGGCCUAAUAUUGAAGGCCUGCACGAUUUCAAAGGCCACAAAUGCCAUUCUGCGAAAUGGGACAACAACUAUGACUACUCGAACAAAACGAUUGGCGUCAUUGGAAACGGCUCGAGCGGCAUUCAAAUAGUUCCUUCGCUUGCAAAGCUACCAGGAACGAAUGUUGUCAGCUUUCAACGAAGUCCUACCUAUAUCUACUAUCGCAUGGCUCCCAGCAAGUUACUCAACCGUGACGAUAUCACCGGAAACCCUAAAUAUACUGAGGAAGAUAAGCGAAGGUUCCGCGAGGAUCCCGCGCACCUUCGUCAAUACCGGAAGACACUAGUUCAUAAAAUCAACAAUGCAUUCAAGAUGUUUAUCAAAGACACCCCCGCCAACAAGGAAGUGAGCGACGAUGCUCGCAAGCAGAUGGCCGAAAAACUCAAUCACGAUCCGGAACUUUGCGCGAAGCUGAUUCCAUCCUGGGAAUUAGGCUGUCGCCGCAUCACUCCUGGUGAAGGCUACCUCGAGGCUUUUCUGAAACCAAAUGUUCAGCUUGUUCAGCAGGGUGUCGUUCGUGUCACCGAGGAUAGUAUCAUUGCUGCCGACGGCUCUAGCCACAAAGUGGAUGUGAUUGCAUGUGCUACUGGUUUCGACGUCUCCUUCACUCCACAGUGGCGGAUGAUAGGACGAAACGGUGUGGAUCUCGCCAAAGAAUGGUCUGUCGAUCCUGAAUCGUACCUGUCUAUCUGUGCAAGGGACAUGCCGAAUUAUUUCAUGUUCAUGGGUCCAAACUCUGUCAUCGCCCACGGCUCGCUAAUGGAAAGCCUGAACUGGACGGGCGACUACCUGAUCAAAUGGCUAAAGAAGAUGUGCACCGAGGACAUCAAAUCCAUCGUACCCAAGUCGAAGGUUGUGGACGAGCUGAUCACGUAUGGCGACAAGAUCCAUAAGACACUUGUGUGGUCAGGCGGGUGUAAAAGUUGGUACAAGAGGAAUACCGUGGACGGUCGAAUCACAGCAGCAUUUGCCGGAAGCGCACUCUUGUACAAGAAUCUGAUUAGUGAACUGCGCCCAGAAGAUUUCGAAGUCGAGUACAGCAGUCCGAACCGGUGGUAUUUCCUCGGCAAUGGGUUCACGGAAUAUGAAAUGGAUCCAGAGAGCGAUUUGUCGUGGUAUAUCGAACGCUGA